GGGUAAGAGGAACAAGGCUCCUCCCUGAGAGUUUGCAAAAACAUUCCAGGAAAGUGAGAGCGGUCAAAGAAUUGGGAACUCUCAUAGCGGCCCCUCACACGGCCGCUAUCCUUUUCUGGUCUCAGCACGUGUAGUUAUACUGUACGUGUCGUGUUCACCGGUUGUUUGGAUCUCCGAAGACAGUUAUCGGAGGGCGAACCUGAAGCAGCAUUCAAACUCUGGAUAAACCAAGAAACUCAGCCGUCCCCACUGAUCGGCUCAAAAAUGAAGCCGGCGUUUGUCCUCCUCGUUUCGGCUGCCUGGAGUUUCACUGGAGCUCAGCAUUACUACCAGGGGCUGAUGGAUUAUCUGGACAAUAGGCUGUUGGCUAUCGAGGACCGCAUGCAGCUGUGGCACGAGCAAUCCCACCGCUACCACACGGAGCUGUUGGAUUUCAAAAAGCUGACCGAUGAGGCCAUGGUGGGUCUGAGAAAUCACCACAAGGUGAUGUUCAAAGACCUGGAAGGAGCUGCACUCCUAGUGGACCGGGUGGAGCAAGACAUGGACUACGUGGAAACCCAGACUUCCCCCCGGGCCUGUGCCACUCAGGCGGACAAGGUGGUCGAGCAGGGCGCCUGGAGGCUGGAGGAGAGCAGAGGAGAGGAAGAGGAGGAAGACGACUGGGUGGAGCUGCGCUCCGAAGUCUCUGACUGUGUGGAAAUCAUCUCUGGCAUCAGAUCAGUGAAGAUCCUGAAGAGAGUGGGCGGUCCCAAGGGCAUGUGGACCAGAGACCCCAAGUCGUCCAAGGUUUACGUCUUCAACGGGACAUCGGGGGACAACAUCUACCAAUUCAACUCCGUGCAAGAUUUUUCCCGCUCACCCGGCGUCGCCAGCAGCCGACAGAUCAGACUUCCCUCCGAUUGGAGAGGUCCCGGCAGCGCUGUCUUUGGCGGCCACCUGUACUACAUACAGCAGGAGGACGACGCGGACGUGCAGGUGGUCAGGUAUGACCUGCUGAGCGGCUCGGUGACCGACGUCGCCAUGUUCCCCGCGGAGAGUCGGGCCGCUGUCUACGGCCUCAACUCGGAAACCGUGGCUGACCUGGCGGCGGACGACCAAGGCCUCUGGCUGCUGUACGCGGCCGGUGACGGAGAGCCGAACAUCCACCUGGCGAGGAUGGAGCUGGCCUCGCUCGACAUCGAGCAGACCUGGGACACCCGGUGCCCGAGGGAGAACGCGGAGGCGGCCUUCGUGGUCUGCGGGACCGUCUACGUAGUCUACAACACGCGCCCGGCCAGCCGGUCCCGGAUCCAGUGCCUUUUCGACGUCAACGACAUGGUCAGCAGCGAGGAGGCCCCCCUGAUCUACUUUCCCAGGAGGUACGGGGCCCACGCCAGUCUGAAAUACAACCCGGAGGAAGAGCAGCUCUACGCCUGGGACGACGGCUACCAAAUCAUUUACAGACUGACCAUGAAGAGGAAACUCCUGGUGUGACAGCAGGAAGCGGAGUGACGUUUUCAGAGGUUGUGAGAAAGAAUUCACUCGUGCUACGCUAUAAGUCUUUGAAUAGCGCGCACACUCUACAUACGGGAUAGAUUUAAGAGGGGGUCCCAAUAGCAACGGCCUUUUUCAAGCAAAAUAAACAGCCUUUGAACUGUUAUUUAUUCAUUUUAUUCUCUUCUUUUGUGUUUUUGUAUUCGAAAAGAAACAUACAAAUGCCACUUUUGCAGAGGCUGUGAAAUCGUACCGCUACGAGAUGUUUUGUGUGUCCGUCCCCGAUGUAAUUUGACCAUUUGAUCCAGACGAAAACCAAUUUACGAGGUGCCUCCUCCUGCUUGUUAAGCCACUGGCUGCGUUGUCAUUAUACGCUGUUUUCCCUUCCCCCGAAACUCACAGUAUGGACUCCAUUUUUGCAUAAGUAAUUUAAUCAAAGAAAAUAAAUUAUUUCACAAAACUGAUAACACAAAAAACAACAAGAACAAACCGCUGUUGAUUUUCAGACUUGUUCAAACAAAAUAAAUAAACAAUUUAUCAAUAAAAUAAUGUCUGAUAUUA